AUGCAGGCUGCACAGCAGUCCUGGGAGCUCGAAAACGCCAUCAGUCUCAUUGAUCCCCAACGGGAUGCACUCUACAGAUACGAUGAAGCCACACACAAGGCAUUGAGCGCCGCGCGGCCAUGGGCCAAAGACCCCCACUACUUCAAGUCGAUACGGAUCUCCGCCGUGGCGCUGCUGAAGAUGACCAUGCAUGCGCGCUCCGGGGGCUCGCUGGAGGUAAUGGGGCUGAUGCAGGGGUAUAUUCUGCCGGAGACGUUCGUGGUGACGGACGCAUUCCGGCUGCCGGUCGAAGGCACGGAGACGCGGGUUAACGCGCAGGACGAAGCGAACGAAUACAUGGUGUCGUACCUGCAGGCGUGCCGGGACGCGGGCCGCAUGGAGAACGCGGUCGGGUGGUACCACAGCCAUCCCGGGUAUGGGUGCUGGCUGUCCGGGAUCGAUGUCACGACGCAGGACAUGCAGCAGCUCGGCGGGCCGUUCGUUGCUGUCGUCAUCGACCCGGAGCGCACCAUCUCCGCGGGCAAGGUCGACAUCGGCGCGUUCCGCACGUUCCCCAAGGACUACACGCCGCCCAAGGAGGGCCACGAGGACGAUGACUACCAGACCAUCCCUCUCAGCAAGGCCGAGGACUUUGGCGCGUACGCGCACCAGUACUACUCGCUCGACGUGUCGUUCUUCAAGAGCAACCUCGACAGCGAGCUGCUCUCGCUCCUCUGGAACAAGUACUGGGUGGCCACGCUCAGCCAAAGCCCGCUGUUCACAACCCGCGACUACGGUAGCAAGCAGAUGAUGGAUCUCAGUCAGAAAGUCCGGCGGGCCGCCCGGGCGAUUGAAAGCAGCGGUUCCCGGGGCGGAGUGACCGCAACCAAAGACCAGCAGUUGGAGAAGGUAGUACGCGAUGGGCAGCGGAUCGUCUCCGAGGAGGUCAAGGGCCUCGUCGCAGCAGAAGUCAAGAUGAAGCUCUUCCAGGGGAUCGGCGAGGAGACUAGAACAGAGGCAUCAUGA